AAGGAUAGGAGGAGGCCCAGUAAAACAGUGGGGGCUACCAGAAGGAUGGUAUAAGAGAAGCCGGUAUGUGGAGGCGCCGCCAGUCACAUUGACUUUCCUUCGAACAAGACGUACGUGUACUUCCAUAGGGACGUGUAUCAGAGUCCCCAAAAUGAGAGGGUCGACGAUAGUGCUGCUGGGUGCAGUGACGUUAGCUGUAUGUGUCAACGCACAUCCAUAUUCAAAGAUACCUGAUAGUAUUCUUCAAUCCGAUGGUUAUCAUUACAAGAAGUCAUCGUCGAAUUCAAAUUCGAAUAGCUACAGCCAAUCGAACGAGGAUAACGCAGAAAUUAACGGCGUUCUUGGAGGUCAUGGCUUCUCUGGGAGCAAGACUUCCGGCUACAGUACCACUGGCGGUAGCCAUAGCCAGGGCAAUAGUUACGCGUCCGGUAGCUUUAGUGGAACUGUACCACUUGGACUGAUUGGUGGGUCUGCUGGAGCCUCCGCUGGAUCAAUUGCUGGAUCAUUUGCUGGAUCAUCCGAUGGUGCAGAUGCUUCGCAAGUUGGAUACGGAGCUUUGGGAAAUCCUGGAACAGGAAAUCUUGGUUUGAGUGAAAAUGGAGCAAACUUCGGAUACCAGGGUUCUCAUGCUGGUGGAAGUGGAGUAAAGGGAGGUUUAAGUGGAUCUGGUUUCUCAUCUGGUUCUGGAGCUGCUGGUAAUUCCGGGGGGCAAUCUUCUGGUACGAGGUUCGGUGCUUCCGGAGCUCAAGGACAACCUGGAAUCGGUUCAGUAGCUAGUAAUUCCGGAAGUAGUGGUUUUGGAGGUGCCAGUACCUAUGGCCAAUCUGGUGUAUCAGGAUCUUUUGGUCAGUCUGGAUCCAGUCAAGGAACCCUCCAGUACUGGUGGAAUGGACCAGAUAGUCCUUUUGGACGCGACGGAAAACCUUAUGGCGGAUGCUCAUCUAAUGCUUGUUCGUCCAGUGGACAUUUUGAUCUGUCUAAAGGCAAUGGCGGUGCAUUCGCUUCUAACCAGGGUGGUCACGUAGCUGUCAACGUUCAAGGAAAUCCAUUCCUAUCUAAAGGAUCUGGAUCUGGCGGUAAUGCAGCUCAUGGGCCCUCUGGUUCAUUCGAUGCUUCAAGUUCCUUUGGUUCUUCUGGUUCUCAAGGAAUUUCCGGUUCUUCCGGUUCCGCUGGUGCCUCUAUUGGCUCCGGAACUUACGGUUCCUCGGGUGCAGCUCCAAUUGACGCAGCCAAGAAUCCAUUUCUCAGUGGUUCCGUCUCUUCAGUAUCUUUUGGACAAGGCUCUCAACCAGGAGCAGGAUCCUUUGCUGGCUCCAGUGCUUCCUCCAGUGCUUCUUCAGGAUCAUUGCCUUCAGUCGGCACCAGAAACCCAUUCCUGAAACCCGGUUCCGGUCAGGUACCUCAAGUACCACAACAGCCAUCUGCUGGACCAGGACAAUUCAGCUCACAACAACCAAUUGGAGGAUCAUCCAGCUCUCAAAUUCCACAAGUACCAGUAAUCUCAUCUGGUUCGCAUCAAUUUGGUUCCCAAGGACCGAUCUCAGUGGGAUCAUCCAAUCCGUUCCUGAAUCCCAGUUCGGGUCAGGCACCUCAAGUACCGCAACAACCAUCUGCUGGACCGGGACAAAUUGAUUCUCAACAACCAAUCGGAGGAUCAUCCAGCUCUCACGUUCCACAAGUACCAUCGAUCCCAACUGGUUCAAAUCAAUUUGGUUCCCAAGGACCAAUCGCCGUAGGAUCAUCCAAUCCGUUCCUGAAACCUGGUUCUGGCUCAUCUGUUCUUGUACCUGCUCAAGGCUCACUGCCAGUAGGAACUCCAUCGCAAGGACCUGGACAAAUUCCUGCAUUCCCAAGUCAAUCAACUGGUGGACCGGGAUCAUUGCCUAAAACACCGGAACAGAAUUUGGAACAACCCAUCGAACCGGAAAACAGCCUAACUAUCAGUUGUAGUGGGGCAGGCAGAAUCUGCGUAACGCACAAACUUUGUGUCAACGGAAAAGUCAACACCAAUGGCCAAGGGUUAAUGCAAGUGCGGACUGGGGUUCAACAGUGCAUUGUAGGUCGUGAAGUAUGUUGCACCUUAGAAGGUUAUUCUGGGGCUCCAACUCAAGUUGGACUUGUUCAGGGCGUCGAUUUUCCAUCUUCAAGUAAUGCCGAAUCUUCUGCCGGAAGUUUCGCAAGUACCUCCAGUUUUGGAAGUGCUAAUUCCGGAAGUGAUCAGUCUCAGAGUAAAUUAGAUCAGUUUGGACAAUUCGGAAGCCAAAGUGGUUUGCAUCCACUCGGUUCCAAUGUCGAUCAAUCAAAGAGCGGAUUCAAUUCUGCGCAAUCCGGUAGCCAAUCAACUGUCUCAACCAGUUUUGGUACUAGAGCAGGAGCCAACAGUCAGGGAGGAAGUGGUUUUAUUCAUGUUGCUCCAACGGGUUCACCUACUUUGAUCACUGCCACUGGAUCGCCAGAUUCCGGUCUGAUUCAUGUUACACCCAGUUCCGGUGGUCUUUUCGAUUCAAAAUCUACAUUUGGAAGUGGAUCUAGUAGCGGAGGUUCAAGCUUUGGUUCCGGAAGCUUUGCCAGUUCUAAUGCUAAUGCUGGUGCAUCGGCAGGCUCCAAACCAUCCUCCAGUGGUGGACUUUUUGACAAUCAGGUCAAACAACAUGGUGGCCCCUUAGAUUCAAAACCUGCAGCUGGAAGUGGUUCUAGUCAAGGAGGUUCAAGUUUUGGUUCCGGAAGCUUUGCCAGUUCUAAUGCUAAUGCCGGUGCAUCGGCAGGCUCCAGACCGUCUUCUAGCGGUGGACUUUUUGACAACCAGAAUAAACAAAGUGGUGGUCUUUUCGGAUCCUCAUUCGAAAACUCUCAAGAAGACUUAAACGGCGGUGAUGGUAAUAAUUUUGGUGUCAAAUCGUCAGGUUCCGCGGAGAAUAAUGGUUACCUGCCUCCUAUUGGCGAUUCAUCUUCCAAUGACGUACCAGCUAUUUCUUUGCCACCACAUGAAGGUCAUCCAAGUGAUGCUGUUCCUGACAUAAGACCUCCACCUACCAAACAAGUACCUAUUACACCUGCACCUUCAUUCCCACCAAUUCAAGAAUCUCCUUUCCAAGUUGGAUGUGCAGCUGCUUUGAUUUGUGUCGAGGAACAAUUUUGUACUCUGGAAGGAGUUAUUAGUCCGGAACCUGUUGCACUGACCAGUCAACAACUUCAGAGAAGAGUACCAUUGAGCAAUUGUAAAAAUCCGGAUAAUGGAGUCAUUGGAAAGUGUUGUCGCGAUCCCAACUACGUGGACCCGUGGCCAACGGGUAACCUUCCCGCAGAUUACAGUGGUGGAUUUGAUGAGCAAGGUUUUCCAAAAAUUCUGAAUCUAACCAAAACACCAUCCAAGAGACCACCUCCCACCAAAACGUCUCAACCUGGAAAAACUAUUGAAAUUAGUCCCAGCUUCAAUGUUCCCCAGAGGCUUCCCACAUUACCACCACAAAUUUCUAAUAUUCCUGGACAAAUUGCUGACACCAUUUCCAAUAUCCUGCCUAACAACCCAUUCCAGAAACCUUCUGAGAAACCAGGAAUUCCCGUCGAAGCUCCUGAGGAUUCCCUGAACCCUGGUAUUCCUAAUUCACCACCAGAAUCUCUACCUGAAAUUCCAAAUAAGCCACCAGGUAUUUUUAGUAAUUUACCAAGCUUUCCCAAUUUACCGAACCUGAAUUUGCCAAGCUUUCCAAACUUCCCUAAUCCGUUUGGAGGAAAAAACUAUGACUCCGCCUCGAGCAACCAGAAUCCUACAAUCAUAAAACCCCAUACGCCUGGAAGCCAAUGUGGAUUGAAAAACAAAGUACAACGUCCAAGUGGCUUGAGCGACGUUGACGUUGCCUUUGGCGAAAUUCCAUGGCAAGCGAUGAUCCUGUCUACCAGAGACCGGAAGCUGCUAUGCUCAGGCGCCAUUGUAACACCGAAUGCCAUUCUGACAGCUGCUCAUUGUGUCGAUGGACUUCAGCCAAGUGAAGUGUCGAUUAAAUCUGGCGAAUGGAAACUUGGUUAUGAGUUGAAGAACGAAGAACCGCUUCCAUUUGAAAUCGUCAAAGUGUCUUCUAUCGCUGUACAUCCUGGUUAUUACCCAGGUGCUCCUAGCUACGAUUUGGCUGUUCUGUUUCUGGAACACCCUGUAACACUGGAUCAACACGUAGACACUAUCUGUCUUGGAAAUAGUCCACAACCAGUACCGGGAAGGAAGUGCAUUGCCACCGGAUGGGGGAAGACUGUCCUACAAAUCAACGUCGCUGGAGCUCUCAUGCACGGUAUCGAUGUCGAUGUUCUCACUCCAGAAGAAUGCUCGCAGCGUCUUCAGGGUGCAGAAUCAUUACUCGAUAUAGAUGAGACUUUGGUUUGUGUAAAAGCACAAAAACAAGGAAACAAUAUGUGUCAAGUAGAUGUUGGCGGUCCUCUGGCUUGUGAUAGAGGUGACGGGUACUAUGAACUCACUGGAGUUUACAGUCAAGAUACCGGUUGCUUGCCUACAAAUCAAGUCACAACUUAUGCUCUUAUUGAUACCGACUGGGUUAAGAAAACUCUCAAUUCUCCACAACAACCUACAAACUUUAUAUCUCCAGAAGGUAAAUCGCAAUCGCCCGUGCACACGCAUUCGCCACCCGGAUUCGGAUCUCAAGUAAAACAGCAGCCAUGCGAUUGUCAAAAAAGUAACUUACCCCCAGAAAUCAAUCAGUAUCUACCACCCUUGUAAAAGAAGGGCCGACUGAGGAAAUAUCUUUCAAAAGGACACUACAGAUAUCGUUCUCAAUAAUACUAGUAGAGUGGAACGAGAAGAUAAAAAAUCGCCAUACCAUCGACACUUAAUGUCGCUUUGCAAUUGCAUAAUAGCGUGCGCAGACACGACGUGAAAAAUCCACAAGAAGUGGUUCGUGUCGAGCAAUACAAUGUAAUUUUAAGCAACGCGCAAAGAUACAUACGUCGUACAUACUUUCGAAACCAUAAGGUCUGACUUUUAAUUUAUAUCGUGAAUAAAUAAGCAUAUUACUGUCUAGUGGGAUAAUAUCGAUGUAGCGUUAGAAUGGUUUUAAUCUAAUAUAUAUGAUGCUGGGCUCCUAAACUUUUGACUCGAGGGACGCUUUAUUCUCGGCAAAAGGGUAGGACGCCGCGAUGAUGAUCCUUGGCGUGUCAAAAUUUGUUACCUGCGAAUUUUGAUACGGCUGACGCCACUGUUUUUAUAUAGAGAGAUUAAACUGUAAACUAUAGAAAUAAAAUCUGAUACUUUUAUUAAAAAUACGUAUAUAUGUAACGUGUGUUAUUGCUUAAAUAUAAAGCGUGUAACUGUGAUA